UUAAACACGGAUACAGCAAUAUUUUUGGCUGAUCGUCUACUAGGUGUGGCGCACUCAAAAUAAAACGAAACUGCUUUAUAUAUAGAGAAGGUUUUAAAUUUGUACUUCAAUUUGUACUCAAUGCCAAGUUCUGCUUACAAGCUGUUGUCUCAAUGAACUUCUCAUCAUGACUUCUGUUCAUGUCACUGCGUUUGUUCUCCUGCUUCUCAUCGACAUAAGUUUUACACAAGUUACUGUCGACGUGGGGGAAUUGGGUGAAAUCGAGGGGAACGAGUAUGAGUUUGAUGGCAACACGAUGAAUGAGUUCCUGGGUGUUCCGUACGCAGAGCCUCCAGUGGGGGAGUUCCGAUUUGCCCGUCCACGACCCAAAGCUGCUUGGAUCGAAAAGUUAAACGCGACGACGUAUGGCGCUGCCUGUCCACAGCAACCGGUGGAAGGUCUCGAUGAUCUACAGAUUAGCGAAGAUUGUCUCUUCUUGAACAUCUUCGUACCACCUAACGCAACUGCAGAUAAUAAACUGCCGGUCAUGUUAUUCAUACCAGGUCGUGGGUAUCGAGCCUACUCGGGGUCAGAGUACAUCGGAAUGGAGAUGGCCGUGAAAGGUCCUAUCAUCAUCGUCACCAUCAACUACAGGUUCCUCACAUUCGGCUUCUUCAGCACCGAUGAUGACACUGCACCGGGUAACUAUGGUCUUUGGGAUCAACGGCUGGCCAUAGAGUGGGUGCGGGAUAACAUCGGGGCUUUCAAUGGUGACGGAAGUAAGAUCACCAUCGUUGGUCAAGGACGAGAGGGGGCUACAGGAGUUGUAUCUCAGAUUCUCACCCCUUUAAACAACAACGGGCUAUUCCAACGGGCGAUUGUUCAGAGCAGUACAGCCACCGACGUAUCCUACAUCAGUCCGGAGGGUCAAGCUACGAGGUUGUCCAAGAUCCUUGUGGAUACUCUCAACUGCAGUCAAAGAUCAUGGACAAAAAAUCUAGCUUGUCUUCGAGAAAAAUCGUGGCAAGAUAUAGUAGCCGUCAAUUAUUCUGUUCUCGGUGGUGGUUACUUCGAACCUCGAAUCGAUGGAUAUUUCUUUCCAGACUCCCUCGACAAUCUUCUAGAAAGAAACCUUACACACCAAUAUGACCUCCUGGCAGGCGUCAACAGUGACGAAGGAGCUGUACUCUUAAAUGGUUACGUAGAUGUCAAUGACGCAUUCGAAACUGUGCAAGACGUCUGGAACUUUGCUUAUUAUGAUACCAGGCAGAGGUACAGCAGUGAUGACCAGGCGAUACUUGUGAUGAAUGCCAUCGACUAUAGAUACGAUGGCCCUCUUCUUGAGCUUCCAGAUAAGAAAAGGGCUUUAUGCUUUAUGUUUAGUAUGUAUGGUGACCGCUCCUACGUCUCUAAGACCAUUAAGCUCUUACGAAACCAUCAAUUGAGCCCCAACACGAAUACAUUUAUGUAUUACUUUGACUACGUUGACGUGGAUCAAAACUUUACAUUGAUCGAUGAUCCUAUUCGAGAUUUCACCAUGGCAGUUCAGGGUGAGGAGCUGUUCUACCUUUGGGAUACGAUUUUCGGCAGACAGACGGCUUUGACUGCUACAUCUGGGAGUACGUCGGAGUCACUUCGUGCAAAUAUGAUUCAAUAUUGGACCAACUUCGUGAGAAAUGGAGAUCCAAAUAUUAGCAGCGCAAAUCAAACUCAGCUCACGGACUGGCCACAGUUUAACGACAACACCGAGAGAUACCUUCAGAUCUCUAACACCAUAGAAACGGGACAGAGUCUUUUGGAAGAGUAUACCAGCUUCUGGCUAGACUACAUUCCAGAACUAACGCAGAACGACGAUGCAGACACAUGCUCCCUAGUUGCACCAGCUUCAGAUAUCUUACGAGGAGCCGAAGCUGAACCUAAUGUAUUCGUGAUAAGAGAUGUUAGUAGUGGGAACUCUGAGUUGGGACAGAUCCGAGGCAUCCUUCGCAGAGCGGACGAGGGUGUCGGUGGUCGAGAAAUCCAAAGUUUCCGCGGUAUUCCGUACGCCUCACCGCCAGUCGGCGAAAGACGGUUUCAGUAUUCCGAGGUCCUAACUGACUGGGGUCAAGGUGGUAUCCGCAACGCUACGGAAUCUUCACCAGGGUGUCCUCAGGACCUGACCCCUAUUCUUGGCGCAACGGAAUACAACGAGGACUGCCUCUACCUCAACAUCUAUGCACCUGUUGUUACAGAAACCAGUGGUCUUCCUGUCAUCGUUUAUAUUCAUUCCGGCCAAUUCAGGUCUGGCAAUGGUGCCGUAUUUGAUGGGACUACUCUCGCUUCUUAUUCCGAAGCAGUGGUGGUUACUCUAAAUUACCGCAUAGGAGCACUGGGGUUUCUCUCGACCGGCGAUGACGCCGCUCCAGGCAACUAUGGCAUAAUGGACGUCGUCACGGCUUUGCAGUGGAUCCAAACAUACAUCGGCAGUUUCGGCGGUGAUGCUAGCAGUGUUACUGCAUUUGGAAUGGGAUCCGGUGCCCAAAUUGCUCACUGGAUUUCAUUGAACAAACUCAAUGAUAGGCUUAUGCAGAAGAUCAUUGCAUUUGGUGAAUCUGUUAUAUCGCCCACUAUUUUGACAUCAGCCGAAAGAGAUCCUCUUCAGUUUGCAAUCCAACUGGCGAGUGCCCUCGAUUGCCCUUCAGAACCAACCACCGCUCUAGUCACAUGCCUGCGAACCAAAUCAGCGACAGACAUCCUUGGGACACCUGUUGGUGGCAGUAAUCUUUUCAUGGACUCGUUUUUCCCCGUAUGGGAUGGGACAUUCCUGAAGGAAUCCGCCGAUAAGAUACUGGCUUCAGGUGACUACGAAACCAUUCCCCUACUCACAGGAGCAACUGAAUGUGAUAACACCGUUGUCACUGCUCAGUACUUGAAUGCUUCUGUGUCCAAUGGCUGCCCAGAUGAACUGUUUGCAGGAGCUAUCAUCGAUGAUGCCGUUGACAUUUUCUACGGAGGCAAGGACGAGUUCGCUUCCCUUUUUAAGAUGUUCUACCUCAAGAGCGAACUCUCCCCAACUGUCCCGGACAUCGACUGCAAGGUCGGGCAGCAGAUCAGUGAGUUCCUUAGCGAUCUGUGGCUCAACGUUCCACUUCUGGAGACGGGGAAAUUGAUGGCUAGAUUUGACAGAGAGAUGUACUUGUAUUCCUUGACAUUUCAUCCUGAUAACCAUGUCUAUCAAGUAUUCUUGCCAGCCUGGGUAGAGACGUCUUUUGGUGAUGAUUUUCCGCAUGCCUUCGGCUGGCCAUACGACAGACAGAGGAUCCUGCAGAGCACCAAAGGUUACAGCCCAAUUGAUAGGAAAGUCUGCAUCAACUUCAUGGAAAUGAUUUCGACGUUUGCAAAGACAGGUGUUCCGUCAGCCAAUCCUACAGAUCCCGAGUCAGUAUGGCAGCCGUACAACCCAUUCCAAUACAACGCCCUCCAUCUCGAUGUCUGUCCGACACAGGCACCCAUUCCCCGCGCCGAGGAAAAAGACAUCUUCUGGUACACCGUCAUCGCUGGCUUGAAGGAGACGCUCAUCGACGACGACGAAGAAGAACCGUGUACGGUUGACAGUUUCAUUGGGUUGGAGCUGACGUCGGAACAAGCAGGGCGCGUGAUCGGUGCUUUGGUCAUCACCCUCGGCAUCAUCGCAGGCUUGAUAUUCUUUGCUAUCUUUAUGAAACUCUGCAUGAAGAUUGAUCGCUCUAAAAAUAAACCAGUUUAAUUGGCAGAAAGUUUUUUUUCUUGCGAUGCCUAUCAAAUCCAUCAUUAGAUUUUGUGUUUGAUUUGUUCAUGUGUUUCCAUUAUUCACUUGGCAUAGAAUGAACAUACACACAUACCUAAAUGAUUCAAAGAAAGCAAAGUGAAAACAAAUUUACAUGUGAUGAGGGGUUGUGUGUACGGACGCUUAUAUACCUAAAACAAGGGAAAAUUUUCCUUUUGGAUUUUAAUAAAAAAUAUGCAUCAAAAUGUUAAAACUAUCAUGAA